AUGAAGAGGGAUGGCAUUGCCCCCUGGACAACAUUAAUUCAAUCAGAAAACAAGAUCAGCAAGAAUAGUCAGCUGGAAGGCAAGGUAAACAAGAAUAUUUUAUAGUGAAGUGGAACCUUGUUUUAAUGAACCUCUAUAUAACGAAGUCCUUGGUAUAACAAGCAAAUUAUAUUCCUGGCCGAAGUAUUUGUAAAACAUAUGAAAAGAACCUUGAUAUAGUGAAACCUUCUCAUGGCAAAUAUUUUUAUUGUCCAUUGCUUAGCCCUUCAUUACACCUGAGGUUCCACUGUAACACAGCUUAAAUAGUGUACAUGUACCAUGUGUCAUGUAGUCCCUUAAACACAUUCACAUUAGGUACUUUUCUUUUUCUUAUUGUCCUUUCAACAAUAAUAUGUUCUCCAAUUCUAGUAGCAUGCUGUUGGCAUAAAUAUAUUUUUAGUCAGUUAGUCACUUAUUAGAAAAUCAAAUGGGUAGUCAGUCACUUAUGCAGUGUGUAUGUUGUAGUUCAAUUUUUUUUAGUUCGAAAUUUUUAAAGUGGUUUGAUUAUUGAUUUGUAUACCUGAAUAGGUUUUUUUCAAAUGUGUGACUUUUUCAUUUUACUCAGAUUGAGUAGCUCUCAUUUUACUGAUUAGGUUUAAGCCCUCAUUUAACUGAUUUAAGGUGAUUUCCUAGUAAAAGAACCUAACAUAGAUUGUAGAUGAAACUUGGUACCCUGAUGUAACAAGUCAAGAAGAUGAUAAAAAGGUAAUAAAAAGUGGGGGUCACCGUGCUGGUUUUGACGUCACAAUGCUGACAAAUACGGCUAUUUUGGACCCUUUGACAAAAACCGCCUGCAGCCCAAAACUAGACAAAAAGGAAAGAUUUUUUCAAUGAUGCAUGUAGUAUCGCACAGAAUUUGACUUUAAUGUAUUGUUUAUCCAAUUACAUACCAGAACAAUGCCUUUUAAUGCCCUUGUUUUUACUUUAUGCUCCAAAGUAGAAUUAAAUUGGACAUGCGCUAUUCGACACAUGUUAGCUCAAUCCGUACAAUUUAGUAAAAUUGCCGAAAAACUGAACAUAGAUUUCUGCCAAUUUUUUUCUCACUGAAAGGAAGCACUGUCCUUAUUAAAAUCAUGAAAUAAAAAAUGGGGAUCACUGUACUCGUUUUUUGCGGUAGAGCUGCAGAAAGUGCGUACCAAAUGCAUUUUCCUUGAUUUUUGAGAGAGGACUGGGGCGUGUUUCAAAACAGAAUGUAUGUGAAAGGGGGAAGAAAGUAUUAAAAAAUCUGUUUUAACAAAAUUUACAUUGAGAUACCACAUUUAGGACACAAUGUGAUAAAGAAAGCAUUUAAAUGAAAAUCAAAGUGAAUAAGCACAAAUUAAACAUGCACUAUCGAGGUUCUCUGUGAGGAAGUCGAACCCAGCAACACGCGUACUGCUUACGUUAUACACAUUUCCACCACAUUGAGUCUCACCUCGGCAAGAAACAACCGCAAGCAAAAAUUGCAAUAGCGUUUCUCUUUGGUCAGCUUCAUAUUAAUAAUGUUACUUCACAUGCUCUAUUUUACGGAGGCCAUCUUGUUAUGCGCAGUAAGAGAUGCGCAGUGCAAAACCAGGGAAUCACCUUAAAAUAUUUUCCGGUGAAAAUAAUUAAUACAAAAUGAUGUUGUUAAAAUGUAUCCUUGUGUGACAGAAAUUGCAAACAAUAUUAAAGGAAGGUAUUGUCCUAAAAAUUUUCUACUUUGUUACACAAAAGAAUAUUUCAGAAGGCUUUUAUGGUAAAAAUACUUAAAAAUACUUGAAGUCCCUGCUGUCAUCAGGGUGAACAGUGUUCUUGAAUUAGAUAAUGUGUUGCCAGAGGAAAUAAAUAAUAUUAUAAUUUUCAGCCAUUAGACUUUUGCAGAGAACAUCAUGCAAUGUUGAAGUUAUGAUAUCAUAGGCCUUGUGUAGUAUAUAGUGUGUCAAACUCUGUGUUCACUGCAGUGACUGACAAGCAUUUGACCACAUCUUUAAUCUUUAAUCUUGAAUUAUCAUAAUUAUUGCCUAUAUCAAGCUAAUCAGCAAUGGACGGUCAGUUAUGUACACGGAUACUCAUAAUAUUGACAGCAACGGUAAAAAUACAGAAAAUUUAAUACUCACACUCACAAAAUCUCACACCUGACAAAAAAUAGCAAGUCAAUUACAUAUGUACAGUUGUAACUCUUUAGUGAACCAACUACACAUAUGCUCAACAUAUAAUGAAAAGAUCAUCAGUAAGGUAAACUUGCUACAAAUACUUGAGUGAAAUGCAGUAACAGAGUCAGCAUUAACUAAACAUAAGUAGGGGACAAAGCAUUUCAAACUGUAACAAUUCUGUUUUGAUCAUGAAAAAUAUUGUCAAAUCGGGCAUACUUCUACGUGUCAUCUCAAGUUUGAUAUCAUGGUAUUAAUACUACUGAUAUCUUUCUGUGUAAGGAGACCAGGCGGUGGAGCCAUAUUCACACACUGGACAGACCAGGGCCAAAUAGGCUUGUUCCUUGACAACAGGGCUACAAGAUGCCAAUGUCCUUUUGUGUACACCUAGAAUCUUGUUUGAUUUCUUUUCACCUCUACCGUCUGCUUUGAGCAGUUAAGGGAGCUGGCAAUGUAAAUCUCUAAAUUCUCGAAUGUGACUCUCUCCAAGAAUAAGGACUGUAACAAAGUGUGUUCAAGUACAUGUACAGACUGUAUGGUGAUGGCUGAUGCUGAAGGGUAAUGGACAUGGCGUUGCAUUUGCUACGGGAAACGUUCUUUUGCCACAUGGCCACCCAUUGCUCAAGCUGAAAUAGGUUUCGCUGAACCGUGUCAUGGUCAGCCGAGGACUCAAUUAUUGUGGUGUAAAGCACAUGGAUUUCCCCCGGCUGCUAAGAGCGUGGCCCCCAGCUACUUUCAUGGGAAAAUAGAUGAAAAAUAGAACCAUAAGAAAUUCCUAGCUGUUUGAUUCCCCUCCUACUCAUUUACCCGGCAACUUGAAAUUGUAGCAACAGCCCUUCACACAGUCAUCUGCAAAUAGUUUAACCUUUGAUGAUACAACAGAGGGUACAAUGUCAAUCAUUGAUACAGUAGAAGAAACAUAAUUAGCCCCAGAACUGUGCCCUGGGGUAUACCAAAUAGAAUAGUUGACUAAUUAGAUGAUGAACCAUUCACCACUACACAUUGUGUUCUACCAUUUUGAAAAAUCUGAAGCUAGUUAUUUAGUUUCCCGGAAAUGCCAUAAAAUAUGGCUUUAAGGAGCAGCUUUUGGUGAGGAACAGUGUCGAAGGCCUUUGUGAAAUCAAGGAAGAUCAUGUUGACUUGACCACAGAUUUAAGAAUGCUUGCUCUCUCAUGA